AUGCAUAAUGUGGGGUUUAAUUUCUAGGACUAUCUCUGUAUCAUAAAAAGAUCGAUUUUACCGGUAGAUGCUUAUAGGUGUUUUCUUGUUUUUUUGCAAAGGUAGAUCACAGUAAUAUCACAAUGAAAUCAUCUCUCGUGUGUUUAAUUUUUACUUUUUUGGUUGUUUUAAUUGGUGCUGAUAGUAACGCAGACACAGCGGUUAUAAAUGCACCAUCUGGACCAAUCAAAGGACUUAGACUGAAUUAUCCCAAAACAGGAGAACCGUUAUUUGAAUUCAGGGGAAUACCCUUUGCGAAACCACCGAUUGGCUCAUUGAGAUUCCAAAAAACAGAACCACUAGAAAAAAGAAAAGAAGUACACGAUGGAACAAAGUACGGACACAUCUGUAUGCAGCCGGGUAUCGAUUUCAUACCUGAAUCUAGUAGACCAGCCAUGUCGGAAGAUUGUUUGGUAUUGAAUGUCUACGUUCCAAGAAAGUUACAAGGUCAAAAAUUAUCAGUUAUGGUAUGGAUACACGGUGGUGGUUUUUGGAUUGGUUAUGGACACCAAUACGAUGGUGGAAAACUUGCUAUGGAAGGAAAUGUUAUUAUUGUAACAAUAAACUAUAGACUUGGUGCAUUUGGCCUUUUUUCUGUAGGUCAUUCUGCAGCAAGAGGUAACUAUGGUUUAUGGGAUCAAAAGAUGGCACUCCAAUGGGUACAUGAUAAUAUAGAAUCAUUUGGAGGUAAUCCCGAGUCUGUUACACUAUUUGGUGAAUCCGCGGGGGGAAUGAGUGCAUCAUUCCAAUCACUUAUACCUUCAAAUAAAGGACUUUUUCAGCGAGUUAUUGCACAGAGUAGUGUUGUAUCUAGAUUUGUACUUCUAAAAGAUAGCAGUGUUGAAAAAUUUGUAGCAGAAAUAGCUGAAAAAUCUUCCUGUCCAUUUGAUGAUAAACAAAUAUUCGUUGACUGUUUAAGACAGAAAACUGCUGAUGAAUUUCUUAAAUUAUCCGACGUAUUUGCUUCAAUGCCAACGGACAAGAUGAUGUUUGAUUGCCUUGGAAUGCCGGUCGUAGAUCAUGAACUGUUUCUAGAACAUCCAAUUAAAAGUCUUGAAGACAAGUCAUCAGAUGUGUCCCAUUUUUUCCGUUCUCUAGAUUUCAUGGCGGGAGCUACUUCUAACGAAGGAUCCGUAUUAUAUAUGAUGUUUCCACCAAGCUUUCAAGAACACUAUGCCUUUAAUGUUACUGAAGGUAUUCCAUACAAAGCACUUUGUGACGGAAUAGUAUCACCCUUAGUGGAAUUGUGGUAUGCUAACAACUCAGACGUCAAGGACAAACUAUGUAAAUAUUAUUCCGCAGAGUCUAUCGCAGAUCAAUCUUUAAAAGCAACAGAUGCCUGGGCUGACAUUUUAUUUAAUUUUGCUAUCAAUAAAAUGUUAGAAUAUCACUCUGGAGGUAACACAUAUCAAUAUGUGGUAUCAAAAUUAAGUCCAAAACCUGUCGGCGGGCCUCCUCCGUCAUGGUUCAAAGGUGUCGGGCAUGGUGAUGAAUUACUUUACUUUUUCAACAUUACACAGUUUCUGUCACUGGACGAAGAAGUGGUACUGAAUAAUGAAGAUAAGGAUUUUGAAAAGAAAAUGAUAAGCUAUUGGACAUAUUUUGCUAAGACUGGAGUGCCAUACGGUGGUGAUGGGUCGGUACCAUGGAAACCAUACAAUAUUGAAGACAAACAUUAUCUGAAUUUAGACGAUGAGAUGGCACUAAAAAGUAACUACAAACCUGAAAUAUUGGACCUUUGGUCAAACCAACUACCAGCUACUGAUUUGGAAUCAGCGACUCCAGACACCGGUCAACGUGAUGAAUUAUGAUUAUUUUAGUUUCAAUGAUAUUUAUCUGUUGUAUUCCUUGUGUUUUGAUAUUGAUAGAGCUUUUUAUAAUAAAACAUAUGUGUUAAAGGCACAAAGGACUGCUAUCAGGAUGUUUUUUUGAUCGAGUGGUCAUUUGACUUCUAUGUAAAUAGGAAUAAUGCUGGACUCCCCAAGUCAACAUAAACUGAUCCUAAACUUAAAGUAUUCAAAUUCUUUAUAAAAAGCCACAUGUGCAAUCUAGUUUUCAAUCAGAAACUAGUGUAUUGAACCUACUCAGCGAGAUUUAUUGUUACGCACGAUUGUCAUUCUGAUAUCGAGAAAUAAGAAAGGUAUAACUUUGAAGAAUUUUAAUAUAUAAGUUCAACUCCUCAAAAGAGCAUUAAAUCCAACCUAAAAUCGUGUUGUCCAGGAUUUUGAAAUAACAUGAUUGUCGUUUUUCAUUUGUCAAUUCGGGGCUUUUAAUAGUAUAACUAUGCGGUUUGGGUUUUGCUCGGCAUUGAAGAAUAACGGAUGUUGACUUAUAAUUUUUAAUUUCUGUGAAUUUUGGUCGCAUGUAAAGAGCUGAGAGUUGUUAAUUAUACACCAUCUUCUAAUCUGUAUAUAAACACAUAAAGUAGCAUGCACUCCAACCUAAACCUUGUUAUCUAGGGUUUUGCAAUGAUAUGUGAUAUAGUUCAUUAUGCAAAGUACAUUUUUUUUAGAAGAAAGAAAAGCAAAUAUGACUAGAUUAGGUGUACUUGACUCAUAUUUUGAAAAGUAUUUCAAAAGAAAUAUAUAAAAUUCGGUUCUAUUGUUUUAAUUUGUUUUGUUCCUUUAAUCAACUUAAGAUGUACAAAUGUUAUUUUUAAUAAAAAAAAUAAAAUUGACAAGUAACAAUUUCAAUCGGACAAGUUAGUUUUGGUAUGUACUGUCCUAAUGGACAAGUUGAUAAAAAAAAAAAGCUAUUGUAGAGGCAACUGGUCAUUUCGAUGGCAGCUGUAUGCCACCAUAUAUAUACUUCUUUACUGUACCAUGCUUGCUUUAAUAUACCAAGGAGAAAUUCACUUAAUAUUG